GGCCCCAAAACCCUAGCGCUAUAAAACCGCUCAUCGUUCCUAGGGUUUGCUCCUCUCUAUCUCCAUUGCUUAGAAGCCGCGCGAGAUCUCUACUUCGCUCGAGCUCUCGAGGUUCUUCGUGUCGGAGGCGAAGGACGCUACAGAUUAGGGAAAAAUGGCGAGGGGAUUGAAGAAGCAUUUGAAGAGGCUCAAUGCCCCGAAACAUUGGAUGCUUGAUAAACUUGGUGGCGCAUUUGCUCCGAAACCUUCUUCUGGUCCACACAAAGCAAGGGAGUGCUUGCCUUUGAUUCUUAUCCUUAGGAACAAGUUGAAGUAUGCCCUCACUUAUCGCGAAGUUAUUGCGAUCUUGAUGCAACGCCAUGUUAUGGUUGAUGCAAAGGUCCGAACUGACAAGACCUAUCCGGCAGGAUUCAUGGAUGUUGUAUCAAUCCCUAAGACCAAUGAGAACUUCCGGCUUCUCUAUGACACCAAAGGUCGCUUCCGCCUCCACUCGAUCAAGGAUGAAGAGGCCAAGUUCAAGCUCUGCAAGGUCCGCUCCGUGCAAUUUGGGCAGAAGGGUAUUCCCUACCUCAACACCUAUGAUGGGCGCACCAUCCGCUACCCUGACCCGCUCAUCAAGGCGAACGACACCAUCAAGCUUGACCUCGAGACCAACAAGAUUGUAGACUUCAUCAAGUUCGACGUCGGGAACGUCGUUAUGGUCACUGGCGGUAGGAACACUGGCCGGGUCGGUGUCAUCAAGAACAGGGAGAAGCACAAGGGCAGCUUUGAGACCAUCCACAUCCAGGACGCCACCGGCCACGAGUUUGCCACUCGCCUUGGCAAUGUGUACACCAUCGGCAAGGGUACCAAGCCGUGGGUGACCCUACCCAAAGGGAAGGGUAUUAAGCUCAGCAUUAUCGAGGAGGCCCGGAAGCGUCUCGCGGCGGCUUCUGCUGCCACAGCCGCUGCAUGAUCAUCUCUUGCUUUCUUUAAUUAAAGGCUUGGUACAUUUACUUAUCUUUUCAAGUAGAGGAGUAUGGAUUGUUUUGCUCUCAGUUUUGAUGAAUUUGUUGUUCUCUAUUUUGCAAGAUUAAAUUAGGGGACUUAAUAUGCACUUUAGCAGGACUUAGAAUUCCCAUUGUUUAAAUGCUUCUAUUACUAGUUCUGUUGGUACCACCAUAGAUAUAUGUUGCUCUCUUAAAUGAUAUAUGGCUUUCACGA